GUUGCGUGGGGGUGGGUGUGUUCUCGGAAGAUGGGCUUUUUUGCAGACAAAUCCACCCAUGCACACAAAAUCUAUCUUCUCUCUCUUUCUUGAAAGUUGAAAGAAACCCCAUUUUGUACGCCAUCAGAGCCUUCCUAUUGGAAUUUUGGACUGCUCAGAAAAAAGAAGUAUUUGGAAUUUUGGACUGUAAUAUUGAUUCCGGGUUUCGUUGUCUUUUAUCUUAAAUCUAUCUGCUUUUUGAUGCUGCCUUGAGCCCUGAUCUUUUGUAAUUUGUGCCCAAGAAAAAGGUUCAGUGUUUAGUUAUCUCACGACCAAAAUGUCUAUACCUUUUCUUGCUUUCUUCUUGGUAGGGCUUUCUUGAGAUGGGUUUCUCGGAACUCGUUUCUUCUUGAUGCGCUUCCUCUUUCCGUAAGAGAAGUAAUUGUCACUGAUUACACACAGGUUUUGGUUGAUUUGCUACUAGGUUUUGUUCCUUGUUCCUCAAAUUCCAUUUCUGAAGCAUGGGUUUUGCCCAAUAUUACUGCAUCAAGAGCCACAGGUUCAAAUGUCUGGGGUGCCCAUUUCACCAUUUCCACCAAGAAUUACGCAUCUGUAACCCUUCGGUACCAAUCAUUCUCCAUUUCUUUUAGGACUUUCCUCAAACACCUUGGCUGCACUUCAAUUUCUUGGUUUUGGUCCUUAAAAACUUGCCGCUUUAGCCAUGGGCUGUGUCAACAGUAAGUGCUGUAGCCGGUACCCACUGUCAUCGGACGGCGAUUCCCGACAGUACCGCGAAGUGGGUCCGUACAGUCUGCAAGGCAAACACAUACUAACCCAGAGAUCCCUGGAGUCUGUAGCUGUUCCUUCACACAAUUUCCAUUUGGAGUACUCGGUUCUCACGCAGCGUGGUUACUACCCGGACUCGCCGGAUAAAGAAAACCAAGACAGUUUCUGCAUUAGGACGCAGAUUCAAGGUAACCCAAAUAUCCAUUUCUUUGGUGUAUUUGAUGGGCACGGUCAAUUUGGGACACAGUGUUCGAAUUUCGUCAAGGAUAGGUUGGUAGAAAUGCUAGCGGAUGACCCCGCACUGUUGGAUGACCCUGUUAAAGCUUUUAACUCUGCGUUUUUGGCCACAAAUGAUGAGUUACAUAAUAGCGAGAUUGAUGAUUCAAUGAGUGGUACUACGGCCAUUACGGUACUCCUCAUUGGGGAUACCCUUUUUGUGGCGAAUGUGGGUGAUUCCAGGGCAGUGGUUGCAGUGAAGGAUGGGAAUCGAAUUGUUGCUGAGGACUUAUCGUAUGAUCAAACACCAUUUAGGAAAGAUGAGUAUGAGAGAGUGAAGCUUUGUGGGGCCAGGGUUUUGAGUGUUGAUCAAGUAGAAGGGCUUAAGGAUCCGAAUAUUCAGUCGUGGGGCAAUGAAGAGUCUCAAGGCGGUGAUCCUCCGAGGUUGUGGGUUCAGAAUGGGAUGUAUCCGGGGACUGCGUUUACGAGGAGCGUGGGAGAUAAUACAGCUGAGAAGAUUGGUGUAAUUGCUGUUCCGGAGGUGUCGAUGGUUCAGCUUACAGCUAAUCAUCUUUUCUUUGUUGUUGCAAGCGAUGGGGUCUUUGAGUUCCUCUCAAGCCAAGCAGUUGUUAAUAUGGUGGCAAGUAAUUCAGAUUCCCGGGAUGCAUGUGGUUCUAUUGCCGGAGAAUCAUAUAAAUUAUGGUUGGAUCACGAAAACCGGACAGAUGAUAUUACAAUCAUUAUUGUCCACAUCAAAGGUUUUUCUAAUUCAGGUGGUGGUACUACAGAUGGACCAAGUGGAACCAAUGUUAGGCGAAUGAUGUCCAGAAGAGCAGCUUCUGAGGUAUCCGUUACCUCUGGAUCAGAACUUUACCUUUCAGCCAAGAGCGACUUCUCAGACCUACAGUCUUGUCAGCAUGUGGUUUCAAUAAAUCGAAGCCCAUUGGAAUUGCAGGACGUAGGUUAGCUGUGCAUUCUGCGGGGAGGAGAAGCAAUCUAUUCUGCAUAUACAGGAUAUACUUGGUCACUAAUCUCCAGGCAACAGCUUCUUUGCUAAUAUGGAUAAAGCUGUUUCACCUGCUAACCCUAAAUUAUGAAGCAAAUGUUAAUAAAAUUUGAAUAGAUUCAAGUAGGUUCAGUUAGGAGCUUGGGAUGUGAUGAUGGAAAGUUCAAGUGAAGAUAUGAUCCUUUGUAUCUUCAGAAUUUACUCCACGGAAAAUGUAAUAGAGAUACCCGGUAUUAAUUGCAUCCCCUUUAUGAUAUUCCAUUACAUAAAACAUUUUUUUCUCUCUACAUAUUCUACAAGCUUGGCCCUCCACAGAAAUGGGACAAAUGAAACAUGUCAAGCUUGAAAUUAUUGUAGGGUUCUUUCUUCUUCGAAAAGGAGAUUUUGUAUGAGGAUUUGAACAGGUAUUCCUCCUACUAACUACUCCCUGCCAGCCGCCGCCAA